AUGGACUCUUUGAUACGGUUCGCUCAGACGCACGAAUCCUUUCGAUGCCCCGAGAUUGAGGCACUUUCGACGCUUGCGGAUCUGCCCUGCGAGAUCGUGUCUUACGACGAAAAGUCCCCUUUCUGCGUGGUGAGGUUUCCGAGCCUGUAUCCGUGCGAGGAAGGCGAGCGGACGUCGCAUCCCAGCCCGGCGUACGACCCAGCGUCUGACACGCGGAUACGAGGCUUUGAAAGCCGCUCGAUUCUAUCGAAAUGCAUCUAUGAGGUUUGGGGCCAAGGGCGGGAUUACGACGAGCUUCACGCAGAUGUCAGGCAGAGGAGCCAACAUCUAUGGGAGGCCUUCCGGCAGACGUCGUUCAAGUUCUCUGUCGACUGUUUUGGCAGUACGAGGGACGUGGACCAACAGAGAGACAUCAUCAAUUCGUUUCGAUAUCUCGACUUGAGGGGCAAGAUCAAAAUGAAGGGACCCGAGGCCGAGUUUGCGGUACUGGAAGAAUGGAUCCCCUGGCCACCGCAAACUGAGUCACAUCAGACAGCCAGCACAGACGGACACCCUGGAGUGGCUGUUGAUAACGUUGCGGGCACGCGUCUCAGGAGAGUCUUUCUAGCUCGCAAGAUUGGCGAUUCCCGCCGUUGGCUGAGGGACAGGCACGACCUGAAGAAGCGACCCUACAUCUCGACCACCUCCAUGGAUGCAGAGCUGGCCUUGGUGACUGCGAAUCUGGCUCUGGCGGGCCCUGGAAAGAUCUUCCUAGAUCCAUUCGUCGGCACGGGCGGAUUCAUGGUAGCAGCGGCGGAACUCGGGGCCGUGGUACUAGGAUCCGAUAUCGAUGGUCGAAGUUUUCGUGGGAAAGGUUCGGGUCUAGAUAAAGGAGUGGGAGCCAACCUGCGGAGAUAUGGUCUGACUCAUCUGUUCGGCGACUGCAUGACUUCAGACCUGACCAAUACGCCCUUCCGGACCUCUAGAACGGGGGCUGGAUCAGGGGACGGCCGAUGGCUGGAUGGGAUCAUCUGUGACCCUCCCUAUGGCGUUCGCGAAGGACUCAAGGUGCUCGGAACCAAAUCGAGACCAGGUCGAUCCACAGGCACGGAGCUUAACGGCCUGAUCUCCAACCCCUUGAAGAGCAACAGCCCAUCAACUCCGACAUUGAUUGAUGGCGUACCUGCCCACAGCCUGCCUGGGUACAUCGCCCCGAAGAAGCCAUACUCCUUCACCCGGAUGCUGGACGACAUUCUAGACUUUGCCGCCAAGACGUUGGCGGACCGCGGUCGUCUCGCCUUCUGGAUGCCCAGUGCGAACGAGAAUGAAUUCGGCGAGGAGGAAACGACGGUCAUACCGCAGCACCCGCGACUGGAGCUGAAGCACGAGUGCGUCCAGAGGUUCAACAAAUGGAGUCGGAGGUUGCUCGUGUAUGAACGGCUGCCAGGGAUACAGGAGCCGGGGAUCGACGUAGGCUUGUCAGAGGGCUUGGAGGCGGCACCCAUUGCAGGUCGCACCGCCGAUGAACUCAAUCCGUUCCGGAAGAGAUAUUUUCAGUCGUUUGGACCAGAUAGAAACGUGUAG